UUUUUGUAACAGAGUAAUAUCUGAAUAUCCAUCAUCAAUUACUAAUAGAUAACUAAUACAGAAGCCAAGCCAGCCGACAUAAGCGGCAUUGAUCAUAAUCCCAAUCAUUCAUAAGCUCAAGUUCAUGACAUAUUUGAAGUUUCAAUCAACUGGUAGAAACAAUCGAUAAAGCAUAGAUCAUAUCAUUAUAUAGAAUCCUAGGCAAUGGAUGUCACAGCCUUAUCCAUACGACUAGAGGCUGAAACUGAUCGAAAAAUCAUCAAUGAUCUGUUUCGAAUCAUCAAGAAGAUUGGCCAGGGUCAGUUUGGUAAAGUCUUACAAGGAGAGGUGAUUAAUAAGAAAACUUGUGAUGAUAACUAUGUGGCCAUCAAAACUAUAAAUAGAAUCGAUAAGACACGAUUAAUUACUAAAGCAUAUCUAAGUCAAACGACAAAGAUAAAGAGAGAGAUCCAGAUUAUGAAAGAAUGUAAUCAUCCUAAUGUGGUGAAACUAUAUCAAGUGAUAGAUGAUUUGAAAUAUGAUAAGAUUUUACUUAUAUUGGAAUAUUGUAAAUUUGGGGAGAUUGAUUGGAAACGGUAUAGUCAUUAUUAUGAAAAGUAUCAAAACCAUAUGAAUAAUCGAAAUCCAUUAACUAUCAAUAAGAUAUUACGAGAUGUUAUCAAUGGGUUGGAAUACUUGCAUGAUUAUAAAAAGAUCAUUCAUCGAGAUUUGAAACCUUCAAAUUUGUUAAUAAAUAGUGAUAACACAAUAAAGAUAUCUGAUUUUGGAGUAAGUUUAAUUCUUGAGAAUAAUGCUAAUGAUGAGAAAGAGUUAGGUAAAACCAUGGGUACUCCGGCAUUCUUUGCUCCUGAACUUUGUCAAUUUGUGGGUAAUCGUUAUUCUAUGAUCACUAAUGUUAAUCAUCAUGCUAAUAAAAUCAAAAUCGAUGGUAGGAUAGACAUUUGGUCAUUAGGGAUUACCUUAUACUGUUUAAUGUUUAAUGACUUACCAUUUUCUGGUUCUAAUGAAUAUGAGUUGUUUCAAAACAUCGUUAAAGACGAAUUAAGAUUUCCAAAGAUUAUUAAAAAUUCAAGAACAACUGAAGAUGAUAUUCAAGAAUUAGCUCAUUUAAAAGAUUUAAUUAAGAAGUUGUUAAUAAAAGAUCCUGAUUCAAGAAUCACGAUUGAAAAAAUAAAAUUACAUCCAUUUACUACUUUUGAUUUAAAUGAUCUUGAAAGAAAGAAAUUUUUCAAAUUUAAUGAAGCAAUUUUCAAGGAUGCUUCAAAGAAACAACAAUUAGCCAGUAAUGAAAGUAAUGGUACUGAUUCGGUGUUGUCUAAAAAGUUGAAACUAUUCUUUGGAAGUAAAACUCCAGAAAAGAAAACAUUGGCACCUGCAUUUCCCAUUGUUAAAGAUGUUCCCAUUGAACAGUUCAAAGAUUUGGAGCCAGUGGAUGAUCUUUUGGAUUCAUACUUGGAUGAUUCAACCACCUCCUAUGGAAGUGAUAUCGAUGAUGAAGAUCAACCGGUAGAUACUAAUAAUAUCUUGAAAUCCUUAAAUGAUAGUGAAAGCUUUGUCAAACGACUUGAUAAAAUAGAUAUUCUGAAAGUUGAGGAAAAGACAACCAAUCCAGAACCAAUUCCAAUUUCAAAACCAAAGUUGAAACCAAAACCAUUAGAUCUAAGUAAAUCAAGAUCAAAUUCUUCAAUCAUAAGUUCACAAACUUCCAAUUCAAAAGUACGGAAAUGGUCAUUCAAGACUAAUAAUGAAUCACCCAAGAGAGGUGAUUAUCAAUCAGAUGUUUCUCCCAUUACACCAACUAAUAAUAAUUUUAUGACCAUAGGUGCUGGAUCACCUUCAUCUAUAAAAUCAAUAUUUAGUCCAUCCAAACGAUUUUUUCUCCAGAAAUAAAAGAGAAGACAUUAAAGAAGAAUCAAA